UGCGUGCUUUAAUUCCCGGCCCUUGCUUAUAAUAGUAAUACCUGGCUAAAAAUAGGAUGAGACUUUCACAUUUUUGUCAACGGUGGACCUAUCAAGCAUGAAAAUCGAAUUUUCUUCAUCAUGACUUUGUAGGAGAAUAAUAAUCGUUAAAUAUGUUACCCAGAAUGGACGCCAUUAUAACAAGAAAUUUCGUUAUCAUCCUAGCAGUAUUCGUUUCUUUUAUCGUCAUCGUAAAGUGUUUACCAAAAGGGGAAGCUGAUAAGGUUCAGGAGCGCGAGAAGAGACUAGCAUCCACGCCCUGUUUCUCUCACUCCGACUGUCUCCGGACGCAGAUCUGUGAGUGGAAUCCAACUGUCGUCGAAGUGGUGGGAACCUGUGUCACUGCAUCACUACAUCACGGAAGAUCAGAUCAAAGAUAUCGAAAUGAUAGGCGAGCUGGUCGUACGAGAAGGAGAGUAUUGGCCAACGACGUCGAUGAUGACAGAAAGGUGUCUCGGUCUCGUCAAGCCCUCGAUUCGGAGCUGGAUAGUGACGACCAUCAGCAUGAUGAUGACGGUGUAAGGCGGAGAAAUGAUUAUCCUGAUUAUCCGAAUGGAGAAGUCAUGCCCAAGGUUAACACGAACAGGGGAAAUGUAGAAGAGAAGGGAGAAAUAAUAGACCACUUCGGUGAUUUUGAGAAUGACAAACAGAAUAUGAAGUCGCAAGUGACACGUCGUCUUCCUCAGGCUUCAUACCCACUUCAUCACAAGCUUCCUGUUCAAAAUGACAAGGACAUCAAUCACGAAGAUGAAAUCGUGAUUGAUCACUUCGACGAGAAAGGACUACCCGUCGUCGUCAUAACAGAAGACAAUCGUGAUCAGCAUGCCGAAAUCGACACCAGCAAAGACUUCUACGUUUUCGGUGAAGAAGUUGGCGAUAACAUCCCCGACGCCAAAGCAAAAACUGAAAGCAUCGUCUACGACUACGUUGACGGUUCGGACGUUUACGAUGCCGGUGACGAUGAUGAAGGGGAGGGAGAGGAGGUGGUUAUCGACUUGAAAGGGGGAAAGAUUCAUCCGGGAAUCCAGACAAUUUUCAGUAACCCUUGGGGCAUUCAGCCAAUUAAAACGAUACCGAGACCUGUUGAUGACAUGGUGGAUGAUGACGACGAGGAGUACCUCAAUGACGAUGUCCAAGUGUAUGGAGUUGGAGAUCAUCAGCAGGUGGAACCUAGAUUUCGGCAUUUAGAUCUGACCGGUAUGGCCAUCGAAACGGAUGUCGGAGUCGACCAGUUCGGUGAUCGUCAACCCGCACCUCGUUUGACAUCAGCUUACCACACGGGCAUCGCGUUGCCUGGACUUCUGACCAAAGAUUUAGACGCACACAACUACUAAUAAGAGAAAAUGUUGAAUAAUAUAUGGAGGAAAAAAGUAGGCCUUAUAAUUUUCAGGAAAGCAAAAUGUCAUUGCACUCGAUUGAUGUCCAAGAAAUCGGUGAAGAGUUUAUAGUCAAAGACAAAAAUAAUAAUUUUUAGAAAAAGAUCGAAUUGUUUGCCUCAGUUAUUGAUGGGGCAUUAAGUAGGCAUCUCUUGCUCGUAUUUAAUUAUUAGGCGGUGUCACACAGAAAAAUCCCUUUAAAAAAAGGGGGAGAAUUUUCUUGCUUCGUUAGAGGAUUUGU